AUGGGACCAGACGCAGCGUCCCUGAACACACUGGCGAAGACUCCUAGCGUGAUCUCCUUUGUUCUCCUCUGCGGCUUUCCACCCUUUGCAGGUGACAAAGACCCGGAGAUCCUCAAGAAGGUCAAGACGGGAACCUUUGAGUUUCGCUCGCCUGAGUGGGAUCCAAUCUCUCAAGGAUCUUCGCUGCGGCCCUUCGCUUGCUCAAUGGCUGCAGAAGCUGAGAUUAUUCAUGGGAACUGCCAGAGGCCAGAGUGGGUUAAGAUGCUGCAAGCAUUGCAGCAGUUCUGGAUUUCCUCGUCCAUCACGCUGCGCUCCUCCUUCGCAUCUAUUGACGCGUGCGCUAAAGAGCACAGGUGGCAGAGAGCGGUUUCACUGGCAGACGAAGCCCGUCGCCAGAAUCUGGAAACGAGAGUCAUCCAGUACAACGCCACGAUGAAUGCAUGUGCCAAAGGCAUCGCAUGGAAACAAGGUAUUUCAUUAUUCGCAAAUGCUGCAGAGAGGGGUCUCCAGCGGACUUCGAUCACUUUCGGCACAAGUACAUCGGCCUUUUCGAAGGGUAGUCAAUGGCAGCUGGCCUGUCACAUGCUGCGAUCGGUGUUUAGCAACACUAUUCCUCGGGGCCCAAACCGCUUCAUGCAGAGUGCUGCGCAGACUGCAUGUGCAAGUGAAGCACAAUGGCAUGCAGCCGUGCUGCUGCUGGCUGAGGCGUGUUCUGAAGAGCUUGAACCCAGCGUUGUCCUGUACAACUUGGCGGCUAGUGCAUGUCAGAGCGGCAGGCAGUGGAAAUUGGCCUGUGCGCUUGUGGGACGACUGAUGAGAAAGCAUGAUGCAUGUGCGAAUUCUUUCACAUACAGUGUCGCCAUCAGCCUUUGUGAGGAUGGACGGUGGCAACUUGCAGUAGCACUCCUUGCUGAAGCCGAAAGCCAUGGAAUUCGGAUAGACAUUGUCACUUGCAAUGCAGCCAUCAGUGCCUGCGAGAAGAGCCAGCGAUGGCAACAUGCGAUUUCACUAUUGUCCUAUUCUUUGACCAGAAAGAUGCAGGCCACGACGAUUUCAUGCAAUGCUGCGAUCAGUGCAUGCGAGAAGGCCAAGGAAUGGCAAGUUGCCCUCCACCUCCUCCUGCAAGGAUUGAAGGCAUCACUGGAGCCUACCAUCGUUUCCUACAAUGCCACGAUGAGUGCCUGCGAGAAGGGAGGGCAGUGGCAACUUGCUUUGGAGCUGCUUCAGCAGGUUGCCUCUUGUAGGAUGGAGCCUACCAUCGUGUCCUACAACGCUGCCAUCAGCGCCUGUGACAAAGGCGACCGGUGGCAGCUAGCAGCCUUAUUGCUCGGGCAGUCUGAGGAGCAGACCCUGGAAGCCGACGUCAUUUCUUUCAAUGCGACAAUCAGCGCUUGUGCAAAAGCAGGGCACUGGCAGGAGGCAGUAUCUCUCCUAGACGUCGCUGUUCGGCGGAGGCUCGGCACCACAAUUGUAACGUUCAACUCAGCUCUGACUGCUCUGGAGAAAGGUGGUCAAUGGUUUCUGGCAUUGGGGCUCUUUGAAGAACUGGCGGCGCUGCGGGCUUCGGCAGAUGUGAUCUCCUGCAACGCUUUGAUCAGUGCCUGCACCCGAAGCGGGGGCUGGGAGAGAUCGCUGCAAAUGACGAGCGACAUGCAGAAUCUUUCAUUGAAGGGGACGCCCAUCACUUACGGUGCAGCCAUGAGGGCGAAGAACCUCAUAACGCAGAUGCUGACCUUUGAUCCUUCCAUCCGGCCAACUGCCGUCGUGUUGCUGAGUCCGUGGCUCAAGUUCAAGGGCACGCCGAAGCCGGCGCCUCUGAGCAAAGAUUUUGUCACGAGGUGUGGAGGGCACGGAGAACGCAACUGGGGCUAUGCCCGUGCAUGUGUUGACACGAACGACGUCAGGAAUGGUGAUGGGACACUGUCCGUCGAAGAAAUCCGCGUUCCGUUGCGCCUGAGCCUAAAGACCCGGACGCCGAGGAAUCUGCAUGAAAGGACAUCCUACAAGCGAUUGAUUGCAAUGGUGAGCUCUGGUAGCUUGGACUACACGGAGUUCCUUGCGGCUACUCUGGACCAGAAGGUCUACAUGCAGCGGGACCUCUCCGAUGUUUGUUGGGCAGCUUUUCGAAUCUUUGACCUGGAUGGCGACGGGAAGAUUACAAGAGAGGAGCUCGGCAAGGCACUCGCCUCUUUCGAGAGGAAAAUUGAGAAAAUGAUCGAAGAGGUGGACAAGGAUGGCGAUGGAGCCGUGGACUUCGAGGAGUUCUGCGCAAUGAUGUCGACCAAGGCCGGUUGCAUCAUGCUGGUUGUGGGUGGGCUGCCUCACGUCCGCAAUCUGCAGCAGAAGCGCCGGCUAAGCGGCAGCGUGUCUCUGCCUAGCGCCGUGAGGUAA